AGCCCCCUUUUGCAUUUAUGGAAAUGUAAAAAAAACAUGCAGUGAGUACAAGCAGUGAGGAUGCCAUCCUCUAUGACUUACAUUUCAUGCGGACUGGUAUGAAGGGGAACAAAGGAAAAGAGAACCAGAAACCCCAGACUGUGGUACAGAAAGAGGGAAGUGAUGGCGCUGAGGUCAGAUUGUUCCCAGAAACCAGUAGGAUUACUGACAAGGAACUGAGAUUGAGGCUAGUGGAGCUUGGAGAGAGUCCGGGUCCUAUCAGCAGGCACACCAGGCCCACCUACCUUCGGAGGCUGCGUCACCUGUUACAGGAAUCAAACUGCAAAUCACAGCUUGGCCAGAAACAGACAGACCAACCGCAAACAGAUUUCGAAUAUAGUCCAGAAUUGCGUCGGGUACUGCAGACGUUCGAGCUGCCUGGUUGCCAGGAUGACGAGCAGGCUUUGUGUCAGCAGUUUGACCAACCAGAUCAGAACAGGAAGUGGAGGGAAGGCGUCAUCAAAUCCAGCUUCAGCUACCUGCUGCUGGACCCAAGAGUGACACAAAACCUCCCGUUCCGGAGUCACACCAUGACUCCACAUGAAUGUUUCCAGACUUUCAUUCGUGCUAUAUUUUAUGUUGGCAAAGGAAAACGCUCUCGCCCCUACAGUCACCUGUAUGAGGCUUUAGAGUACUACAAAGGGGAAAAAACAUGCAAGAGGCUGUGCCCCAAAGUGCAGCACAUCCUUCAGGUGUGGAAAGCAGAGAAGGGCGUCAUCUCUCUGCAUUGUUUCCAGAAUGUUAUUCCAGUGGAAGCUUACACAAGAGAGGCCUGCAUGGUGGAGGCCAUCGGGCUGAAGAUGCUCACCAAUCAGAAGCGAGGGGAUUUCUACGGCCUGGUGUCCAACUGGCAGGUGAAGAGGAAACGGGAGCUUGGCAUCCACCUGCUGUACCGGGCCAUGCAGAUCUUCCUGGCUGAGGGUGAAAGACAGCUCAGACCAGCAGACAUCAGACAGUAGAGACACCCACUGGAGGGGUGUAUGAACAGUAGUAAAACACCAACACACAGAGGGAACAAUACCACUACUUCACAAAGAAAUCCUUUGUUGGUCAAACGUUGGGUGACAUUUAUAACAUCAACAGCUCUUGAGCUGUUCUCUCUCAUUUAGUUAUCUUCCUACUACAAAUGAACUCUGAUUUCUCAAUUCUCAGUUCCCAGUAAUAUACAUUCCAUUCUCUAUACACCGUUUUAUCCUCACUAGGGUGGAGGGGGUGUUGGAGCCUAUCCCAGCUGACUCAGGCGAAGGCAGGGGACACCCUGGACAGGUCGCCAGUCUGUCGCAGGGCUACAUAUACAGACAAACAAUCACUCUCGCAUUCACACCUACAGGCAAUUUAGAAUAAGCAAUUAACCUCAGCAUAUUUUUGGACUGUGGGAGGAAGCCGGAGUACCCGGAGAAAACAUGCAAACUCCAUGCAGAAAGAUCCCGAGAAAGCCGGGACGCGAACCAGGGAUCUUCUUGCUGUGCAGCCUCAGUAAUAUACAAUUUUUCAAAAGUCAUAAUAGAGCUUGACUAUACAAUAUAAUACAAUACAAUAAUUAAAAUCUAGAUAUCAAAUACAUGAUCUUUAUAACAUAAGCAGCUUUUGAGCUGUUAUCUUGCAUUAAGUUAUCUUUCUUCUGCAAAUGAACUCUGAUCUUGUAGUUUUCAGGAAUAUACGAUUGGCCAAAUGUGAUAUUUGAGCUGGACAAUACAGGCAGACAAACGUUCGAUAGUAUACCAAUGUUUAAAAUAUUUGUGUGGUGCAAAAAACAGAAAUCAUGGAUUUGAACACCAAGUAACAAUUCUUAAAAAUUCAUUAGAAUUAAACAUAAAAAUAGAAAUAUUUAAAAUAAAAGCAUAAGAGUGUCAUUAUAGGCCAGUAAAACACUGUAAAGCAUUAACUUUUUACUCUGAUACUGUGAGAAAUACAAUUAUCCAUCUCAACAAAAACUCAAGAGCAAAACAAUUUCAAGCAUUUAAUAGGAGAAAGAAUCUGUGGUGACAAUUUCUCAGCUUUCAGACUGUUAUAGUUUUAAAAAUAAAGCCUCUUGACUAUAAUAUGGGUUUUCUUGACUGUCACUUGCACAAUACACUUAUGACAUUUAAUGGAGUUUUCUCUUUUAUAGUAAGUAUAAAAGAGAAGUGACUUACUGCUACUGUGUUCUCUUGCCCUCUUUUUUUUUGCAUUUAUGUAAAUGGUGUAAAUGGUGGGAUUUAAUUUGUAAUUCUCUGUGCCAUGUUGUUUGGUGUCCCUCUAGUGGACAGAGGAAGUCUUUAAUUUUGUUCUUCGAUGCAGAGCUUUUCUCUACAUACAGUAUCUGGUCCUUAACCACUAUAUUUUUUUUUGAAACUAGUGUUUUGCGUUACCAUUUGAGGCAAUUAUUUCAUGGUGACCUAUAUUUUGUGUUGAAGUCAAAUACUGCUAUUUCACAAAAAACUAAAUUAAUUUUCACAAUCAGAAGUUUAUUUUAAUUCUAAUCACAGAGAAACAGCACAAAUGUACCAUUUUGACAAACAAGGACUUCAUUUCUUUAAAAAAAAAACAAUUUAGGCAUUAAUAGUGUGCAUAAAAAUUGCUAAAUUGCUUUGGGGGAAUGACAUUUUUUUCCUGUUAUUAAAAGAUACACAUUUAAUUUUGGAAGAAUAGGCUUUAAUUACUCUUAUCAGGACUCAUUCAGUUUCAUCUGCAGUCCACACUACAGUGCCAGUUAAGCAAUAUUUUCGUACAAGCAUCACAAAGGUGCUCUAUGGGUCUAAUGUCAGUCCCGAACACUGUGACCCAACUCGCACAUUGAAUUUUCUGAGGACGAUUGAGGAAUGAGAGGUUGCCUAUCUCCUCUGAGUAAUUACUUUCUCAAGCACACAUUUUGCAGUUUAGUCUCUUUAAAUAGCAGUCUUAAAAGUGUGCAGAGUAAGUAUUGCGCAGUAUCAUAAAACAGAAGUAUAUAUCUAAAAUUAUUCAAUAGAAUACAAUAUUGUUAGUCUAUGUAUAACGCUUAGAAUUACAGUAAUGGCCCAUGUGGUUCAAAAAUGAAACUCACGACCAUUUUAAGAGGGGAUUUCCAGUUGCAGAAGUACUUUUCUUUAUCUUUGCUGGUCAAGAAGUGGUUUUAGCACAGAAUCAGUCCUCUUUUAUUGAAGUACUAAUCAGGUGCUUUCCUGACAGGGUAGCAAAACAGUUUUCUGAAAAGGACUUUUAACACACCCAACAGAAUACAGCGUUCAUAUGGAGAUGUUUUAUGAGCAUACUUUUACCAGUGAAGAACUGAACCAAAUCAUACUAUAAUAUAAAUGAACCUUAUUUUUACACUGACUUUCAUACAAGAAAUCUAGCUGUAAUUGCUUUUCAGUAAAGAAAUUGCAUGCACUGAGUGCUUUAUGUCUAUUAUAAUGUCUAAUAUAAUCCAUUAUAUAUGUGUGUGUGUGUGUGUGUGUGUGUGUGUGUGUGUAUGUAUGUACACACACACACACACACACACACACACACACACACACACACACACACACACACACACACACACACACAUAUAUAUAUAUAUAUAUAUAAUAAAUAAAAUGAAAUAAAAAAGAAAAUUUUAAG